AUGACGAUGCCGUUCAGCCCCCUGUCCAGCGACGAGGAGCAACAAAGGAUGCUGGGAAACAAUCGACAUCUCUAUCCAGGGGCAGAGGACGAGGAAGAGGAGGAGGAAGAGGAGGAGGAGGAAAUGGAAGAAGAUGAACGUGAUGAGGACCAGGAGGAGGAGGAGGAGAAUGGCGAGCUGGAGGGGGAGGAGGAAGACGAUGAGGAGGAGAUGGUGGAGGAGGUCAGGCGAGGAGGCCUAUCGCGGGGGGGCAGGGGUGAGGGACACAGGCAGUCAGGUAAACUGGCCGGACGACCCACCGGGGACAGACAGAUACGGCCAGGGAACCCUGGACACACCACAAACCCCUAUUCGUCCAACCCUGGACCCACACACCAACAGCCAGCCAAUCACAUACAACAGCAGCAGCAGAGGAGGCUGAAGGAGCGCAGUGCCAGCUCGGUGCCAUCUGAGGACACCCACAUUGCCAUGAUGGUGUUUCGCAUCGGCAUCCCAGACAUAAAGCAAACGAAAUGUUUGCGGUUUAACCCAGAUGCCACAGUGUGGAAGGCCAAGCAGCAGGUGCUGUGCUCCCUGACUGAAUCUCUGCGGGACGUCCUGAACUAUGGUCUGUUCCAGCCCGCCACGGACGGCCAUGAUGCCAAGUUCCUGGAAGAGGAGAGGCUGCUCAGAGAGUACCCACAGUCCUUUGAGAAAGGGGUACCAUAUUUGGAGUUUCGAUACAAGACCAGGGUGUACAAACAGACCAAUCUUGAUGAGAAGCAACUGGCCAAACUGCACACUAAGGCCAGCCUGAAGAAAUUCAUGGAUUAUAUCCAAACCAGCGCUGUGGACAAGAUGAUCAAGUUCUUAGACAAAGGCCUUGAUCCCAACUUCCAGGACUCUGACACCGGCGAGACUCCUCUGUCCCUGGCGGUGCAGUGUGAGCCGGGUGGAGGUGAGCCCAUCCGGGUCCUGGUGGAGGGAGGGGCUCAUAUUGAUUUCCGCGCCAAAGAUGGACUCACAUCGAUACACAAGGCUGUUCGAGGCCACCGCCAUACAGCCCUGCUGGUCCUGCUGUCUCUGGGUGCGUCUCCAGACUAUAAGGACCGAAGAGGGUUGACUCCGCUCUACCACACUGUGCUGACAGGGGGAGAUACCUCCUGCUGCGAAACACUCCUUUACCACCGCGGCAAGCUGGGCAUCAGGGAUGAGAACGGCUGGGACGAGACACAUCAGGCCUGUCAGAAUGGUAACUCGCAACAUCUGGAGCACCUCCUCUUCUAUGGGGCGGAUUCUUCCUCCCAGAAUGCAUCUGGAAACACUGCCUUGCACAUCUGUGCUUUAUACAACAAGGAAAGCUGUGCACGAAUUCUUCUCUACCGGGGAGCAAAUAAAGACACAAAGAAUAACAGUGGUCAGACCCCCUUUCAGGUGGCUGUUAUGUCCGGCCAUUUUGAGCUGGGAGAAAUUAUCAAAAACCACAGGGAUACAGAUGUGGUUCCCUUUGUGGAGUCUCCGAAGUACGCACCUCAGAGGCGGGAGAGUGCCCGGACGCUGACAAUACCCCACCCUCAUCCCUUCCUUCGUGCCAACAGUGAUAGCAGCAUGAACUUGCCAGAUUGGAUGGCAGUGCCCAAUGCCCCGGGGACCAACAUCGUCUCUGUGCAGGGCUAUAAGCAUACAGGAACCCUGCGGAGCUCCAGCAGUCCCAGAGGGGCGAGGACGCGUUCCCCGUCCCGAGGGAGGAUUGGAGACAAGGAGGACCGGAGCAGGCAGAGUCGGAGACAGGGGCCUGCUCCAGCCAGCACAGUUGGGCAAACCGCUGGCCAGCGAAGACGCCUCUACAGCGCUGUCCCAGGACGAGUCUUUGUAGCUACUCGAGCGCACUCUGCCCAGGGAGAGCGAGAAAUCAGCUUUAAUAAGGGAGACAGGGUCAAAGUGUUGAGUGUUGGCGAAGGCGGAUACUGGGAGGGGACGGUCAGGGGUCGCACAGGUUGGUUCCCCUCUGACUGUGUAGAGGAAGUGAUGCUUCGAAGCCAAGACAACCGAUCAGAGAGCCGUGGAGAACGAGCCAAAAGGCUGUUCCGCCAUUACACUGUGGGAUCCUAUGACAGCUUUGAAGCUCCCAGUGACUAUAUAAUCAAGGAGAAGACGGUGCUGCUGCAGAAAAAAGACAGCGAGGGUUUUGGCUUUGUGCUGAGAGGGGCCAAAGCUCAGACUCCUAUAGAGGAAUUCACUCCCACCCCGGCCUUCCCUGCACUGCAGUACCUGGAGUCAGUGGACGAGGGAGGCGUCGCCUGGAGAGCCGGUCUCAGGAUGGGGGAUUUCCUGAUAGAAGUCAAUGGUCAAAAUGUCGUGAAGGUUGGUCACCGGCAGGUCGUCAACAUGAUCCGGCAAGGUGGCAACAGCCUCAUGGUCAAGGUUGUCAUGGUAACCCGCAACCCAGACAUGGAGGAAGGUUCAAGGAAGAAAAUCCCCCAGCAGAGUAAGAGGCUAAGCACUCCAGCUAUCGCCCUACGAUCCAAAUCCAUGACUUCAGAACUGGAGGAGAUGGUGGAGAGAGCUGCUACCCCUUGGAAAAAAAAAUCAGAAUUCGAAUCCUCACAAGUUACAGAGAAGAAGAGGACAGUCUAUCAGAUGGCUUUGAAUAAACUAGAUGAAAUUCUUGCAGCAGCUCAGCAGACAAUCAGCACCAAUGAGGCGCCAGGGACACGGGGACAGGGGCCAAAAAGAGAGAGGGGACGAAGUUUCUAUGGCAAUGAGCCAAACUACGGGGAUCAGUCCGGGAUGGGGAUGAUGUCGUCGGGGUUGGGCCUCGGCUAUGACCGUGGCCAGUACACCUCAGGUCACGGCCCACAGCACGGUAUGCUGCGGCAAAAAUCCAUCGGGGUGCCUGAGGAGGAGAAGCAGUUCCUGCACCCUCCAGCCAUGAAGUUUGCUCGCAGUUUGUCGGUGCCUGGCCCAGACGACAUCCCUCCUCCUCCCACCACAGCUCCACCAGACCCUCCAUUCUCCUCUGCUCCGCCACUAGGUUGGAGAGCUAAGUCAUCCCAACAACCCUCUGUCUCUGUGUCUCAGUCCACAUCCACCUCUGCACACUACCAGCCCUACCCCCAGUCAGUGCACUUCACCCAUGGGGGCAGGGAGAGGGCAGGUGGUCCCAGCACCGGCUCCAGUGGUGGAGCGGUGGACCACACAACCUCGUAUGCACAUGCAGCUCCCCAUACUGCUCAAAGCAGGACUGCUUCGCGGAAAGUUGCCUAUACUGGGGAGCCUGUUGGACCUGGCAUAGGGGCUGGUGCGGGGGCCAAGACAGCAGGUCUUAGGAGAGGCUACAGCACCGCUGUCCCCCCAUCGAGCAUUGCCACUGUAAUGCCUCAGCAACAACAGACUACCCAGAGUCAACCCCAGCGAGCAGACCGCAGUGCGGCUGGGGCUGGAGCAGGUGGUCCUAAAGCAGGGGCCCGGAGAGGUAAGGGUCCCCUGGUGAAGCAAUCCAAGGUAGAGGACCUGCGCACGGGACAGGGUACACUGGGGGGCAAAGGUUCGGUGGAGAAAAGCUCAAUCCCCAUCCCCACCAUUAUUGUCAAGGCCCCUUCAACCAGCAGCAGUGGACGCAGCAGCCAGGGCAGCAGUGUGGAGGCUGACGCUCCUACAUCAGGGGAGACAGAUGAAACCAAAACACCCCAUGGUCCUCCUCCUUCAACUCCCGCUCCACAGCCCCCUGCCCCGCCUUCCAUCCCAGCACCGCCGCCUCCUUCCUUGCCUUCCAUCCGAGCCCAGGAUAACCUGGACUUUACCAGCCAGUUUGGGGCUGCCAUUGUUGGUGCAGCUCGCCGAGACAGGGAACGGUUUCAUGAAGCCCGCAGAAAGAGUGCCUCCUUGUUCAUGUCUGCUGAGGAGGAUGUGAGCCUUGGGGGAGUGAGUGAUGGAAUAGGCGGAGUAACAAGGACUCAGGUGUCACAGCAGCAGCUUAGCACACAGGGUGAAAGUUCAUCAACACGGCUGCGCCCAUCCAAAUCAAUUGAUGAGGGCAUGUUCUCUGGGGACACCUUUAUCCAUCACACCCGCAGUAUGCCACCAGCCUUUGGUCUACCUGAGUACUCCUCACCUGCCCUGGACUAUCAACCUAAGUCUGUGCCUACUGACUUGUACACAGCAGCAGGCAGGCAGCCAGCAACCUCUGCUACCACCACCUUCAUUCACCCUCUAACAGGAAAGGCUCUUGACCCCACAUCACCACUAGGCCUCGCCCUGGCUGCUAGAGAGCGUGCUCUGAGGGAUGACAGCAGGUUAAGGAGGGGAACAGAGCACCACUUCAGCCGCCAGAUGUCGAGUGUGGUGUUUCCUUCAUCUUCUGCCGCCUCUCAGUCUGUGUCGUCCAACGCCCAGUCCUCCACCGCCCAGUCCUCCAGCUCCUCCUACCUGGUCACCUCGUCUUCUCUGGCUGCCACCACGCCCACUGUUGGCCGUCCACCCUCACCCAGAAUCCUCAGAGGAGUUGGGAGUGUGUGGAGUGAGGAAGGGGGUGGAGGAGAAAGGGAGCGGGAAGGAGGAGGGGCUCGUGAAGGACUAAGAGUUCGCUUCUCUGAGGACAAAACCGUCCACACGCACCACUACCAGUCUCAGCCGUAUCAGCCAACCUACAAGGAGAGGGAGCGGGAGAGGUCAAGGGAACGCGAGAGGGAGCUUUCGAGAGAAAGAGAGCGGGACAAAGAGAGAGAGGGUUACAUGAGGAGGGCAGAGCAGCAAGUGUCCCAGCCUCAGCAGCCUCGGAGGCCCACUUUUCUCAGGAUGGAAAGUCAAUCUGAUGCCUAUAUCUUGUCCCUCACCCCUCCCUCUCCUCCACCUACCAGUACCCAGCAGACAGUGAACACUACUGGGAGCACUGGGACUGGCCUGAUGGUUCUCCCUCCCCCUGCCCCCUCAGUUGAUGCUGAUGAUGAGUUUGUCUACGCAGACCCUCUCCCACCUCCAUUAGAGUUUGCUAACAGCUUUGACAGGGGAAUAUCAAGGUACACACAACACGGGAUGCUACCCAACAGCCUGACAUCCCGCCAACAGCAGGUCCCACCCCCACCACCUCCUCCUCCACCUCCACCACCGCCCCCUCCACCCCCCCAAAAAGAACCAUUUGUAAGUGGGUUUCCUGCUCAUACACCCCUGCCCUCACCUCAGGCAGGGGACUCCACUGCCUCCAGCCUCACAUCUUAUGACAGUGAGGUGGCUAACCUUACUCAGUCCGCUCCCUCCCCCUCCCAAACAUCACCUAACCCACCACCCCCUGCCUCGCCCUCUACCUUGCAACCCACCUCGAUAGCAGGACCCCCACCUCCCCCGUCAGUUUCACCGCCACCUCCUCCUGGUUCCUAUCACAGACCCUUCACUAUGUCCCACCCCCACCACCUUUACAACAGCUCUCAUACUCCUGGGCGCUCUUCCCCCACGCCUCCCCCGCACACUGUCGCUCCUCCUCCCGCCUACCGUGGUCCCCCAACGCCCUCCUCCACUGCUGCCACCUCUGCUCCACUUAGGGGCAACGCCUCAUACGCCACGACCGCUAGCUGUGCCGCUACAACCACCGCUGCUGCCACCACAACAAGCACCUCCACUCAGCUCUACCAAGAGCGUGCACACACCACACAUACAACAUCCUCCACCUCCAUCAUGGGCAGUCGCAGGACAGGGGAGCACCACCGUCCUCCGCCCACUACCAAGAAAGGAGAGUCCCAGGAGACAGUGGUAGACUCUGGGAUUGAAGAGCUGGAUAGCCGCAGCAGCAGUGACCACCACCUGGACAGCAUCCUGGCUUUAAGUGGAGCCAGCGUACGGGGAGACAGGCUGGACCGAGGGGAGAGAGGAGGUGGAGCUGGCGGACGGAUGGGAGGGGGAAGUGGAACAGGGGAAUCAGAAAGGGGAGGAGAUUUUCUGGAGUCUUACAUGAGCUACCUGGACGGACAAACUUUUGAAAUGCAGAAUGCCACAGCAGCAGCCUCCACCUACCCAAAAGCCAAUAGGUUCAGAGAGGGAGGUCGCACCAGUGAUCUACACAGACAGACCAGCACCGCUCCUGCGUCCUUCCACUCCCACAGACGGAGGGACGAGCAGGAAGAGGACGAGAUCGAGGAGGGAAUCGCAGAGGAAGAAAGUAGCCAGGAUGGGUAUGGGGUGAGGGACAUGCAGAAUUUGGGACGUCCCAUUUCACCAUACUUUGAUCGCCCACGCACUCCUGAGAUGAAGCCUCUCUGGGGCGAAGGGCAGAUGUCCGGUGAUGGAGGGGGUCAGUCCGGGGCACUUUUAGAGGGGAAGAAGAUUUACCCUCCUGCAUCCAGUAUGAAGCCCAGCAUCAUAAAUGAGCUGAGCAGCAAACUGCAUCAAAGAAGCAAGGACAGCUGGAGCAGCCAGAGACCACUGAGCAGACACAGGUACACAUCAUUUAUCUCCCUCUCCAUUCACAGAUUUUCAGAAGACUCAGCCUCAGCUCUGAGCCCCCCCUCAGCUCGAUCCCAGUCACCGUCUCCAAUUUCGUUAUCGCAGCCGUCGUUAUCCCCAUCCCCCACCCCUGCCUCCCAGUACCCUAACUGGGGACGAUCCCCAUCUCCUCAGCCUCCAGCUUCUUCUCAGCCUCCACGUUCCCACUCCCCGCUGUCUCCGACAUCUUAUUCCCCUUACCCCACCUCCCCCAAACACAGACCUGUCUACCGGACCAAAGCCCUAGAAUUCCAGUUCAUCCCUAGUCGAGAGUCCCGUAAAGCAGAAUCACACAUACUCCAGCGUAGGCGAGCACCCAGCCCCCUCAUCUCCCCGUCAGAGAGGCCCAAACUGGGUCCACCGCGGCCAUCAUCCCUUCCACUCCUCCCCACCUCACCCCUAUACAGUGCCAUCUAUGACCUUCGAGGUUCAAUCACCCCACCAUCACCUGGGAACCCUCUUGGAGAUCCUUACUUCUCGCCCUCUCCUCCACUGUUUGCUCCCUCUGGUGCCCCUCCUCCUCCAAACUCUACCUUAGUUGUUUCUCGAUCGCUCUCUCCAACUCACUUCCUGUCCGGGACUUCUUCUCCACCCCUGCACCCUCUCCCUCCACCUACCUGCCUGAGUUACCCCCAUCUUCCACCCCCUUCCCCUACAAAACCUUUUGCCUCCAAGCCGCUGCCCUACUGGACCAAGUAUGAUGUUGCAGACUGGCUAGGAUACCUGAACUUGGGUGAGCACAGAGAGCGUUUCCUGGACAACGAGAUUGACGGCACCCACCUUCCCUCGCUAACCAAGGAUGACUAUCUAGAUUUGGGUGUGACACGUGUAGGCCACCGCAUGAACAUUGAACGGGCCCUGAGGAGCGUAAUGGACAGGCUGUCCAGCAGCCCAUUUCCCAUUUCUGUUCUCUCACCUCGGGAUGGACAGACUGAGAGGAGGAGGGACGACGGGAGUCGGAGCUGAGGUUGCAAAUGCAGAGGCAGAAAGAGAGAGAGUAAGAAAGAAGGAGGGAUUGGAGUCAAUGAGGGAGGAAGACACAACUGCUGCUAUCCAUGGUGGAUUCACACAACAAAUGAGGGGGGAACAGAUUUCACACAGAGAGCGACAGAAAGAGGGAGUCAAGUCCCAAAGGGAAAAGGAAACACAGGGAUGGAAAAAGGGCUGACGAUCCAUAAAGACAGUCGCUGGCGCUCCCAAGUUGUGGCAGGCUGAUAUACACAAGUACACUCCCCACAUGCAUGCACGGUCACACCAAUCAACAAACAAGUAACACAAACACACUGUCAUCCAAAAUGCAUACGGAGACACCAUGGCUGCAGCGGAGUGAAGAACAGCGAUGAAACCGAACCAAAUACAUGAGAGGAACAAUCAAAAGCCAGUUAGAUUUUUUUUUUUUAAUCAAGCAGGUUGUGUUGUUUGGCAGCGAGCUGGAGAAGAUAAAGGUGUCCUUCAUCAUGCUGCCAUCUUGUUGAGUAGUCCUCUUACCCCUCAGUUGGCUGGUUAUAUCUGUUCAGGUUUAAGAGUGGAACCCACCACAAAUAUUUAAGAGUGCAAUCAAUGACAACCUGUCCCCGUGUGAAUGGAUGUCAGUAUGCUUAAAACGUGUCUGAAUAUCAGAGGAUGAAUAUUUGAGGGUGAAUGUGGGUGAAUGUGUGCAGGAGUAAGGAUUUUGUCUGUCUGCAUGGUGAACGUUGGACGACGCAGGGCAGUAUAUCAUGACAGCUUCCACGUCUUUUAGAGGUGAUGAGGGCACAGAUAACUUCCUUGGUUAAGGCCAAGGAGGCUGGCUGUGGCUUUGAUUGGUUACGUGUUGUUUUUACCUCAUCACUGGUAGGGCUCUGUCCUCACUGCAGGUCCUGUGAUCAGGAUGUUGUGUGUUUCUCAAUAUCUAUUUAUCAUCUUAAGUCUUAUAAUGACAUAUAUACAGACUGGUCACUGUAUCACAAAUUUGUAGCAAAAAUAAGUGCCCAGACCAACAAAAAAAAAAGGAAUAAAAAAAGGAAACACACUGAUACGCACACACAGGCACCCAAGUUACUACUAUACACGCCUGCAUGCAGACACCAACAUGUAAACACACACAAGCACUUACAAGUGAUUGUGUUAGAGUUUAUGGGACACCUCAUAUAUAGACACACACUAUAUGUUUGGAUCCAAGAUGUACUUAAACAAAAGGAGACAGACUGUGCUUUCAACUGUUAGACAGGAUAUGUGACCAUGUGAGGAGAUAUCUAAACCCCGAGGAUUUUAUUUACCGAGAAAGACUUCCUCAGCAUUGAGGCAACUGUUGUACACCCAUUCAGACCUUCAGUCCGAGGGAGACUGGAAAGGAGAGGGAAGGGAACGAGGAAAAACUGCCAUUUACUUGCUCUUUCCCACCCAAUCCCCCCUGCUCCUUCCAGGAGUGGUCCCUCUCUCUCUCUCUCUCUCGACAAAAUCCUGGAGGAAACAUGCAGCCACCCGGCUGAGAGGAUCUGAGAGAACCGCUUAUAUCGAGUUUUAAUACUAUGAUUGUUCUUACAAUUUUUAAACUUUAAAUGGGAAUACUGGAAUACUGAUAUUGAUAUGAAGAGAUUUAUUGUUACUAUUUAUCAUUACUAUCAUCGUCCUUACUGUUAUUAAAGCUUCGAAGAGUUCCUGGUUUCUGCCUUUGAUGGCUGAGAUGGCUCUUGUGCAGUCAUCGUAUUUUCUGACAGUAUUGAAGAUAAAUCGUGAUGGCUAUAUGAAUAUAUAUGUAAAUGUAGGUAUUUUUGAAUUGAAAGAUGCAUAUUAUUUCAUGCACGGUACCCUUAACAUUGCUUUUAUGUGACAAGAGGCGUUGCAACUUAAUGUGAAGCACAUUUUAUAAUCAAUUCCUUACUUCCUCCUUACUGUUUUUCUUUUGUCAGACUAAAAAAAAGAAGCUUUAAUCAAAAUUACAUGUUGACUUUUAUGGCCUCAAACUAUGAUUUCCUCCCUCUUUUUAAAGUUGGCUGCCACUUAAUAACAUGGAGAUGCUGAAAAUGUAGCAACCGUUACUCUGUGGAUGCCCACAAAACACAUAGGUGAAAUUCUUUUUUUUUUCAAUUCCAGAUAACCGCCAUCCCCUCCUGAUUGAUCACAAAUGUCACUCUUCUAUCAUGUCUUGAUGUGCCAUAUUACACUGAAGUCCUUUUAUUUUCCCAUCAGCUAUAACUGCACAUUUAUAUCUCAUUAUAACCUCAGUCCUGCUUUUCUCAAUUUUGCUGAGAUCAAAUAUAAGGGCUCUCUCAUGACCACUUUACCCUCACCUGUCCUGCUGCUUUUGAGUCCUCGAAACAUAUCAAAUGUGCAUUUUACAUCGGGAAUCCUCAGUCUGUUUUUGCAAAAAGCUAGAUGAGUUUUCAUAGAUCAUGUCGCUCAUCAAGUGCACAGGCUACAAAUGUGAAUGAGCAAAGGUCAUUAAGGGGGCAUUUGACUCUGUAAGUGCUUUGUGUUGGCGGUCAAGGAGAGAUUAUAUUUGAAUGCUAAGGGAAAUAGCAGUAAGGACGAUGAAAAUAAUGGUCACCUAAUUAUGGUUUAAGAUGUAAAAAAGAAGUCUCAAAAGUUCUAAAGAAUCUCUGUCUUCCAAAUAAUGUUUAACAUGAAAAGGUACAAUGUAUUUAUUUAACUGUUCUGCUUUCUAUACAGUUCGACCCAUUCUCUACAUCUGCCCCCUUCCACUGUUACUGACCUGACAGUAUUAAGAGCUCCAGUGUGUUUUUGCUCAUAUGCAUCUUCUUGUUUGUACAAAGCACCUUCUGCCGUCGCUGACAUGUGCCAGUAUGCUCACAGCUCAUUGUUUAUUACCAGCGUAUUAUGCAAUGACCCUAUUUCCAUUAGCAACUGUGGCUUUUCACACGUCCCUUUAGAGGUAUUGGAGUCAUUUUGAGCCUGAAAGGGGCCGUUUCUGAACAAGCAGAAUGUGGCUUCCUGUCCAGACACAAUCCACAGCCAGAUUCUGCUUGUUUCUUUCAGGUCUCUAAAAAGUUUGCUAGUGUGAAUAGGGCCAAUUAAUAACUUCGGAUAAGACAUUUUGAAAACAUCUCUUGCUGAUACAAUGAUGAUCUCGUUAAGUGACUGGUGAGAAACUGUUUUUGGAGAAUUGUUAUUAAUUCUUUCUUUGCGUUUAGUAGUUAAAUUCAGGAGUGAUGGCUCAUCGUUGCUGUCGGAAGAAAAAGCAAGAUCUGAGGGAAUCGGUCUGACUCUAUAGAAAGCAUUUCUUUUCCUUUAAGAGAUCUUUUAAAAAAUGAGAAUAUGAACUGAUGAAAGGUAACUUACAGAAUAUAUAUGUAUAUGUUAUAUGCAUAUACACACAUUCAUAUAAACAUA